ACAGCCUCCACGAUGCCCGAGAUGGAGGAAGAAUAGAAACGCUCUGGCUUUCUCGUUUAUUUAAGCGCAGGCAUUGCUAGGUAACUUAAGUUUGAUUCCGUAAUAAUGGUCAGAUAGCCAUGGCUGAGAGCAACAAACCAAGCAAGUCAUUCCAGGAAGGCGAGCUUGUCCGGCGAGCCGUUCUCGGCGACGACUAUGUGGACAAAGCUUUGGAAAAGGGACAAUCCGAAUUCACCAAACCACUACAACAGUUCAUCACUGAGUAUGCAUGGGGCACAGUGUGGACAAGACCAGAACUGGAGCGUAAAUACCGAAGUCUCAUAAAUCUAGGGUUCCUGAUCGCACUCAAAAGCUGGGCAGAACUAAAGCUUCAUACGAAAGGCGCUAUACGGAACGGGAUCUCAGUUGUUGAAAUCAGAGAAAUUGUCAUGCAGUCAAUGAUUUACUGCGGUGUGCCAACCGGCGUCGAGGCUAUGAGACAGACGGAAGUCGCUAUCAAGGAGAUGGCUGAAGCAGGGGAAUGUGAGCCGCUCAAGUCAUGAUCGCCGCGAUUUCAUAGAGGAGAUAAUUGUAGCUAUCUUAGUCAGAACUGUGCAAAGAGCUACCUACAUUUAUGCAAGUUGACUCCUAUUAACACGCACUCCCAAAUUCUCCAGGAGGCUGCA